AUGAAUAGAGAGCAGCGAACCGCAAUUUCUCCCGAGUUGUUGUUGUCCACGGAGGAGAAGAAGGGGGAACAGACGACUGCUACCGACACACAAAAGUCCCCCGCUUUACUGGCGAACGUCAUCGCCAACAUUUUGUUCAAACUCCCGGCGAGUUCUCUGUUCCGAUUCAGGCUCUUGUCCCGUAAGUACCUCAAUCUAAUCCAAUCCCCUGAUUUUAUCGCCGCCCACGCCCGCGAUUCUUACCUUAAUCGCGCCGGUCUCCUCCUCCUCGCCGACGGGAACUGA